CAGGCUGACUCUCUUUUCAGAUGGACGUGUCGAGUAUCAAAUGAGAAGGUGAGACGUAUUGGAGACAAUUCGCAAAAGGACUACGAAUCCAACACGGAAGGAUUACCGAUUAAUGUCGGGAAGCUUCAUUCAACAAUAUCUAACAAGAAAUAUCAAUCAUUGACUCAUCCCGAUGAUCUCAAUGAAAGAUUGGAAUCGCGAAACGAUCAUUCGGCAGAUUCCCAUCUGGAUAGCUUUGAAAAAAAGCAGAAGCUUCAAAAGAACCACACGAUAGAUUCUCGAAACAAUAUGGGACGAUGCGAACAGAUAUCGGAACAUAAACACGCAGAAUUAACUCGCUCAAAGAAUGAGAACAAAUGCAUCUCCUACAAAUGUAAAGAAUGCGGGAAAAUUCUCUCCACCUCGUAUAAUCUGCUCAUCCACUGUAAUAUUCACACAGACGCGCGACCUUACAACUGUUCUAUCUGCGACAAGAGCUUCCGAUCGGCAUCCAAUAUGAACAGACAUGUACGUGAUGUCCACAAUGGCGUCAAGAAUUUUGUUUGCGACGUGUGCGGCCGUCGUCUCGCCUCACGAGAGUCGAGGGACGAGCACAGACGCACUCAUACCGGCGAGAGACCUCAUACGUGCGAGACCUGUGGCAAAUCUUUCAAACAGAAGGCGUCCCUGCACGUGCAUCGGCUCUAUCAUUCCCAAAUUUUACCGCAUCAUUGCGAUCUAUGCGAUCGCGGUUUCCGGAGGAAGCAAGAAUUGGACAAGCAUGUGUCCUGGCAUUUCGAUCAAAAGCCUUAUGCUUGCGAUAUCUGUGACGAGCAUUUCAGCAGCAAGAGUUGUGUUGUUCGUCAUCAACGUAUUCAUAUCGAUCAACAGUCACAUAUUUGCACGAUUUGUAACGCUGGAUUCACUCAGGAACGCUAUCUGAAAAGGCACUGUGAAAACUUUCACAAAACUGUAUAUAUAUAAACAUAAACAGGUUUCGUUGUUUGUUUAUGGAUACGUUCUGACGAAAUAUACAAUGUUGUGUAACACAACACAAGUGAAUUCUUGAUUAGGAAGAAUUGAAAAACAUUCAAUCGAAUAGAAUCUUGACGAGUAAAGAAGAGGAAGAAAAGGAAAUCAGGAGCAAGAAUCCCGAAGAAAACCAACCUUUACGUAUCAUAAAUGUAUCUUCUGAUGAUAAAUUUGAAUUGAAACAUUAUAUAAAGUGCCGCCAAUAAAACG